ACUGCGGACACAGUACAGGAGAUGACCAGAGACUGCAGACACAGUAUAGGAGAUGACCAGAGACUGCGGACAUAGUACAGGAGAUGACCAGAGACUGCAGACAUAGUGCAGAUGACCAGAGACUGCGGACACAGUACAGGGAAUGACCAGAGACUGCGGACACAGUGCAGGAGAUGACCAGAGACUGCGGACACAGUACAGGGGAUGACCAGAGACUGCGGACACAGUGCGGGAGAUGACCAGAGACUGCGGACACAGUACAGGGAAUGACCAGAGACUGCGGACAACAGUGCAGGGGAUGACCAGAGACUGCGGACACAGUGCAGGGAAUGACCAGAGACUGCGGACAGUGCAGGGAAUGACCAGAGACUGCGGACACAGUGCAGGGAAUGACCAGAGACUGCGGACAGUGCAGGGAUGACCAGAG